UUACGGCACACCUAAUGACUUGAGAAAAGGAAACAUGUUACGGUACGAGCAACAAUCCUCCACGCAUAUAUCCAUUGACUCACCGAGCAGAGAAACUUGAUCGAUACUCUACCAGGAACGCCUGCGUUGCUGCGUUCUCGUCUGCCAUGGCUCAGAACGGGGCCGCUGCCGUUGGCCACGGAGAAGGCCUCCAACUACGGGAGACUUGGUCGAGGUGCGUCACGGAGGGCGCGACACAUGAUUUCGAGGUGACCAACUACCCUCUGCUUGAGGGCAUGGGCACGUACAUCACCUCAAGCACGUUCAGGGUCGGCGGCUACGAUUGGAAUAUCAGGUUCUACCCGGACGGACACACCAAGGACUCUGAAAAAGCGUUAGUAUUCUUGUUUUGUCUCAGCUCAUUGACGAAGGAUGUGAGGGCAAAGCUCACCAUAACCUUGCUGGAUAAGGGAGGGAAAGUGGAAUUGCUGACCACCCCGGACGCGGUGGAGAGAAUCUUUUCUCCGGAAAAGGUUUACUUUGGUGUUUUCGUCGAGAAAUCGAAGCUGAAAUCGUGCCCUCGCCUCCUGACAAUAAGGUGCGUUCUCAUCGUGAUCAAAGAACCACCCCCGGAGGAGUGCCCAAGGAAUCUCGUCGUGGUUCCUCCGCCGGAGCUGUCCGGCCGCCUCGAGCGCACCCGUAAAGACGGGAAGGGCACCGACGUCACGUUCCUCGUGGGUGGCAGGGAGUUCAGCGCGCAUACGUUCAUGCUGGCUGCGCAAUCGCCGAUUUUCGAUGCUCAGUUCUUUGGCCCGAUGGCGGAUAAGGACACGCGGUGCAUAGAGGUUCCCGACAUGGAGCCUGCCAUCUUCGAGAUGCUUCUUCACUUCAUCUACACGGAUUCGCUGCCCCCAUGUAACGAGGAAGGUUACGAUGCUGCUACCAUGCAGCACUUGCUAGUCGCAGCACACCGGUAUAGGCUGGACAGGCUUAAGGUGAUGUGUGAGGAGAAGCUAUCCAAAAGCAUCAACGUGCAGACCGUUACAAGUACAUUGGCAGUUGCAGAUCAGCACUUCUGCGAGGGGCUCAAAGAUGCUUGUGUGGAGUUUCUUUCUGAGCCGAGAAUAGCGGCAAUUGUCUGGUUAAGAAACGGGUUCACACGCUGCAUGGCAAAGCUGGAAUCGGGGGACAAGGAGGUAUCUGCCGCGGGGACGAAGUAAUCUAGAACCCCCCCAAAAAAUCAUGGAAUAGAUUUUUAUUCUUUCAUCAAAAUAAAUCUUUAAUUUCUAUUGUGGUUCGAUCAAUUUCUGGUCAAAUGUUAAUCCAUUUAUUUAUGUACUAGUUUAUUUGUAAAAAUAAUUCCUAUUUCUUUUGCGACAACUAUUAUUGCUAUAUAUGGACCG